CCUGUGUUGAUCAAGACUAUUUUUUAGUGACAUACACGUGUUUGUAGUGUAUGUUUAUGUUGUAAAUAUUCGGUAGUACUUAUUUAUCAUAUUGUUUUCAGUAAAUAUUUACUUUCAGUAUGGUGCGACAGUUCAUGAAAAAGAGAAGCAAACGAUUAAAGGCUAAGAUACGAUACAAAGUUGAAAAGAAGGUUAAAGAACAUCGGAAAAAGGUGAAAAAAGAUGAGAAGAAAAAUUUGCAUAAGAAAAAACGGAAAGACCCAGGAAUUCCAAACAGCCUUCCUUUCAAAGAACAAAUUCUUCAGGAAGCAGAAAAGAGGAAAAUUAGGGCUCAAGAGGAACAGAACCGACUGAAAGAAAAGCGGAAGAAGGAACGGGAAAGACUGCUCACUAAGAAACGGAAUCUCGAUAAUCUUGUUCAGGAUGCUUACAAGAAGCAGAGAGAGUUUGAAAAACGGAAAUUAUUAAAGUCCGAGACAGAUGGCAAAGUGUCUGGCAAGAAGAUGGAAACAUCUCUGAAAGCUUACUACAAAGAAUUUAAAAAGGUGAUCGACGCGGCUGAUGUGGUUCUCGAAGUCCUCGACGCGAGAGACCCGCUCGGUAGUCGGUGUGUGGAAGUGGAGCAGGCUGUGCUCGAAAGUGGGACAGACAAGAAACUGGUUCUCGUGCUUAACAAAAUAGACCUCGUACCGAGGGAGAAUGUGGAGGCCUGGCUGAAACAUCUGAGAAAUGAAUUUCCUACGGUAGCUUUCAAGGCUUCAACACAGGCCCAGACUAAUAACCUGGCUCGGAGAAAAGUGAAUAUAUCCACAGUGCAUGAUGAAAUUCGUCAAACUAGUCUCUGUCUUGGUGCCGAUAUUCUGAUGAAACUGCUUGGUAACUAUGCCCGUAGUGAGGACGUUAAAAGAACAAUUCGAGUGGGUGUUGUUGGCUUCCCUAACACCGGAAAGAGCAGCAUAAUCAACAGUUUGAAACGAUCCAAAGUGUGUAAUGUUGGAGGAAUGCCGGGCAUCACCAAAACAAUGCAGGAGGUUCAGUUAGACAAACAUAUCCGACUUCUCGACAGCCCAGGGGUCGUCAUGGCAAGGUCAUCAUCGGAUACCAACACAGUUCUCAGAAAUGUUGUCAAGCUUGAAACUGUAGCUGACCCUACGGAGCCGGUGGAAGCCAUUUUAAAGAGGUGUAACAAACAGCAGAUGAUGCUUCGCUACAAUUUGCCGGACUACAAAGAUGUCGGUGAGUUUCUGUCACUACUGGCCACAAGACAGGGCAAACUUAAAAAAGGAGGAAUUCCAGAUGAGCAGAAAGCAGCCAAAAUGGUCCUCAGUGAUUGGAUGUGUGGUAAGAUCACCUAUUUCACCCACCCUCCCGAACAGAGGUCUUUACCAGCUCACAUCAGUGCCGAGAUUGUUACACAAAUGGGAAAGUCUUUUGACAUCGAUGCUAUCCUAAAAGCAGAAGCAGACUGUUUGAAAGAGUUGAAGCCAAAGAAUGCCGAUCACAUACUGGUGGAGUCGAUGGGUCCACUCGGUGCGAUCGUCAACGAGUCGGACCUGCCUGCUGAAGAGAGCAUUGAGGAGGAUGUUGAUGAUGAUGAUGAUGAUUAUGUUGAUGUUGAUGUUGAUGAGGAUGAUGAGGAGAUGGAGGAGAUGGAGGAGGAAAUGGAACAAACUGCAGACAAUCAGGACAGUUUGCCAAAAGCUUUGACCGUAUCUCUUCCCAGUACUAGAUCAGGAUCAACAACCAGCUCGACAACAAGCCUUGGCAAGAGGACAAAGGUUAAAGGCGACAAGGAAACUGACAUUCCUCAGUUAAACAAAGCUAAAAAACUGGCAUUCAAGAAAAUGAAAAAGCAAAGAAAGCGAUCAGACGUUGUUGCCACACAGCUUUCCGAUGCCAUGUCCAAUGCUUUCAACAUGGGCAGCGCUGAUAAAGAUGAUGAAUAUAGUUUUGAAACAGACUUCACUUGAAAAUGGACAAAAAUAUAAAAAAUGUAAUUGUAUAUUUAUUUCGAUGUACAGUGCACAUUCUGUGAUCGACACCAGUUUUCCUGUGACACAUGCACCAUCAUAUUAUCACUGUGAAGGUUUGUUGCACAAGAUUACACAUUUUCGAGAACCAAUUUUCAGAAAAUAGAAUAUUUCGUAUAUAAAACAAAAUGCAGUAUCAACUGGCUGAAUUGAGAUCUAUUGUCAGGACAGUAAAUAAAAUGCCAGAUGAACUAUAUAUGGUGGUUCAAGACACAUGGAAAAAUGUCCGUAAAAAAUAUGUUGCAAAAGUUUGCUUGACAAUAAAUCAUUCUUAUUUCUUA